AUGGCUGAUCACUUUGAUCAGCCUAAUGAAGAAAGUGCAAAAGGGCUACUCACGUUUCCAUGCUCCCGUAUCUGGCACAUUUUGUCGUCCAAGAUCAGUAACAUGUGUGAAUUGAUACACUCUAACAUAUUGAUUUCCAUUUUUCAUGAAUAAAUCGAUUUCGCUUGCUGUCUGAGACACGAUGCCCGCAUCAGAAGAUAUCUGACAGAUGGACUGUAAAGACGCGAUAGAUUGAGGAUUACUGAGGACCUGCUGGGUGUUAGAUCCGCUAUUUUGAUCAUAGUACACACCGAACUCGUUAGCAGAACCCGAUGGCUGGUACUGAUUAUUGUCCUGCUCAUAGCCGUACCCAGAGCCGAUUGGCUGACUUUGGCCAGCAUUCUGAUUACCGUAGCCAUUGUUCUGAUUGACAUAGCCGUUGUUCUGUGUAGGAUAUCCAAACGGUAAGUUUUGAUUCACUCCAGCUGGAUUACUGUACCCGUUCUGAUCAUAGUUGGCAGGAUUCGAGCCAGAGUAUAAAUUCGUGGCAUCUGCUGGAUAUUGGCUACAUGGAAUGCAACCAGCAUUCGAUUGGCAUUGAAGAUUUGCACAUCCAGUUGGAUUGUUGUACGUGUUACCGUGACCCGCACCAUUUGGUUGGUAUCCAUUGUUGGGCAUUUGAUUGCUGUUGUAAUUGAAAUUGAACUGCGGUGA